UCGUCUAUAUACAGCCGACGCCACGGCCCUGUUGUGUAUUCUCAUCGGAGCGUUGAGCUGUGAAAGGACGAAGAGCAGAACCAGUCGAGUCUAGGGUGUACUUUUUAUCGUUGACAGUUUAGCUUUAUUGGAGCAGCAUUAUGGCCGAUAAAAUGGAUAUGUCUUUAGACGACAUUAUCAAGCAGAACAGGCAGCAGAGAGGUGGAGGCCGAGGCGGAAGAGGCCGAGGCCGCGGAGCCUCCGGUGGCGGACGAGGAGGCCCUGGGCGUCUUGGAGUCAGCGGCGGCGGAUUUGGAGGCCGAGGCGGCGGAACCGGCCCCAUGAGGAGCCGGUCGAACCUGAGCCGCGCUAGAGGCAGACCGACGCCUUACAAUAGGCCCAAACAGCUUCCAGAUAAGUGGCAGCAUGACAUGUUUGACAACGGCUUCAGCGGAUUCAGUGGCCCUGUUGGAGGCGGCGGAGGAGCUGGCGUGGAAACUGGAGGGAAGCUCCUCGUCUCCAAUCUGGAUUUUGGGGUGUCCGAUGCAGACAUUCAGGAACUUUUUGCAGAGUUUGGAACACUGAAAAAAGCUGCAGUACAUUACGACCGAUCAGGAAGAAGCCUGGGAACCGCAGAUGUCCACUUUGAAAGGCGAACAGAUGCCCACAAGGCCAUGAAACAGUACAAUGGCAUCCCACUUGAUGGAAGGCCGAUGAACAUACAGCUAGUCACAUCGCAGAUUGACACACAGAGGCGACCUAUGCAGGGCCUGAACAGAGGUGGCGGAGGCGCUAUGAACAGAGGCCGGGGGGGUGGCUUCAGAGGCAUGCAGAGAGGACGCGGAGGACGCGGCGCGGCCGGCGGCAGAGGUCGGGGUGGUCGUGGCGGUGCAAGCAAACAGCAGCUGUCAGCAGAGGAACUUGAUGCUCAGUUAGAUGCCUACAACGCCAGGAUGGACACCAGCUAAGGAAUGAAGCUCUUAUGGUUUUGUUAUCCCUUCCUGUCUGCACAGAAGGGCCAUCGUUACAAAUGUGCAGAAUAUUUUACACAUGGUUGUCUUCUGAUGUGAUUUGAAAUUGUUGUCCCAACCGCUUCUUUUAAAUGCCCAGUAUUUUUUACCAGUUUUUUUUUUUCCUGACUAAAAUGGUUUUGGCUCUGUAGGUUCAUGUGAAUUGGGCUUAUGCCAGUUCUUUCUACCAUGUAGUUAAUGACUCUUGUAAUAAAACCUACAGUGCAUAUUAACCAAAAACAGUGUCUUCCAUCUGUCCAUUGUUUUUGAAAUGCUGUUAAAUUUUGUUUUGGCUCUUUCUUUCUGAUCUGUCCUACACAGAAUUCACUUUAACUAUUCAAUGUGAUAUUGGUAACCACGUGCAUGAAGUCAGUCUUUAUAUUUUAUAUCAGGCAUUGCCUCAAUGUGAACGUCAGUUUUAUUUAUUCUGAUCCUGAAAUGCACAUUUCGACAUCCAUAAUUCUCAAUGGGACAUGUUUUUAUGAAACUAGUACCUUGAAUGUAUUUUUGACCCAACACACCAAAAUGAAAUAUUAAAGCAAUAACUUUUAAA